AUGGCCGCGCACGUAGCUGGGCCUGCGCGCGCGAUCAAAACGACGUCGUUGCUGUUGUUAUCAUUAUUAUUAUCAUCCUUUUUAGCGACGGUUUCCUCCGGCUCGCUGCAAUCCGACGCGCUCCUCCGAUUCAAAGCCGGCCUCGGGAACAACGCCGCCCUGCUGACGUGGGACCCGGCCGUCGACCCCUGCAACGGCGACCGGUCAAACUGGGCCGGCGUCCUCUGCACCGACGGCCUCGUGUGGGGCCUGCAGCUCGAGCACAUGCAGCUCGCCGGCGUCAUCGACGUCGACGCCCUCGCCGCAAUCAACAACAUCCGGACGCUGAGCCUGAUGGACAACCGGCUCGCCGGGCCCCUGCCGGAGGUGAAGAAGCUGGGGAAGCUCAAGACGCUGUUUCUGUCGAACAAUUAUUUCUCCGGCGAGAUUCCGGCGGGGGCGUUCGACGGGAUGGGGUCGCUGAAGACGAUGAAUCUGGCGAACAAUGAUUUCACCGGGAGGAUUCCGAUCUCGAUCACGGUGCUGCCGAAGCUGAAUAUGGUGAGGCUGGACGGGAAUCAGUUCUCCGGCAGGAUUCCGGAGUUCCGGCAGAAUUUGCUGCGGGCGGUGAAUUUGGCGAAUAAUGAAUUGGAAGGUCCGAUUCCGAAGAGCCUCAGCCACAUGAAUCCCAACUCCUUCUCAGGCAACAAAGGUCUGUGCGGUGCCCCAUUACACCCAUGCUCCGCCCCUCCGCCGCCACCUCAGCCGCCGCCGCCGUUCUUCUUCCUCCCUGCUGCCGAGGCCAGGCUCACGAACCUGACGCUGGAGAUCAUCAUCAUCCUCCUCGUCCUCGUCAUCAUCCUCAUCGCGACCAUCCUGUGCCUCCUCCUCCGCCACCGGCGCAAGCACGCCGCCAGCCGCCAGCUGGCGCGGGACUCCUUCACCAGCGGGAAAGUCAUCCUGACGUCGGCCCCCGCCGUGCGGGCCGUGCAGCGCGAGGAGGCCACCCACGUCACCAACGCCUCCGUGGCGGCGGGGGCCCACGCGCAGGCGCGGAGGGUCGACCAGGCGAACCGGCUGCUGUUCCUGAGGGACGACGUGGAGAGGUUCGAUUUGCAGGAUUUGUUGAGGGCGUCGGCGGAGGUGCUGGGGAGCGGGACGUUCGGCGCGUCGUACAAGGCCGGAGUGGUCGGGCAGGCGAUGGUGGUGAAGAGGUACCGGCACAUGAACAACGUCGGGAGGGAGGAGUUCCACGAGCACAUGAGGAUGCUCGGGAAGCUGAAGCACCCUAACUUGCUGCCGUUGGAGGCUUACUAUUACAGGAAGGAGGAGAAGCUUUUGGUCUCCAAGUUUGUUGACAAGGGAAGCCUGGCUAGCCACCUUCACGGGAACCACUCGUCGGAGCAAGGGCUAGAUUGGCCAACACGAGUAAAGAUCAUCAGAGGGACAGCAAAGGGCUUGGCAUACCUCCACGACGAAAUCCCGCUCACCGUCCCACACGCCCACCUGAAAUCCUCCAACGUCCUCCUCGACGAAUCCUUCGAGCCCAUGCUCACCGACUACGCCCUCCGGCCGGUGAUCAACUCCGACCACGCCCACAAGCUCAUGAUCGCCUACAAGUCCCCGGAGUACGCCCAGCACGGCAAGACGUCGAACAAGACCGACGUGUGGAGCCUCGGGAUCCUGAUGCUGGAGAUCCUAACGGGGAAGUUCCCGGAGAACUACCUAACGUCGGGGUACGACAGUGGCUCGGACCUCGGGACGUGGGUGAACAACAUGGUGAAGGAGAAGAGGAUGGGUGAGGUCUUCGAGAAGGACAUGGCCGGGACGACGAAAGACAGCAAGAGCCAGAUGAUCCACUUGCUGAAGCUCGCGUUGAGCUGCUGUGAGGAGGAUUUGGAGAUUAGGGUCGACGUCAGGGAGGCGGUCGAGAAGAUUGAGCAGUUUAUGGAUGAUGUAUGA